AUGUUCGAGAAAAAGUUCAACAUUGAAGUACAAACUUUACAGCCUUUACGUGAGUUUCUUGCACAACUGAAAGAAGAAGGUAGUCAGCCACAACUUAUAGACUUUCAUUAUGAAUUUAAUGAAAAUGAAGAUGGAACUCAUGACUGUCAGUUUGUUAUAUAUUCACCAUUCAAUGAAGUAGCUAAAAAGAAAGAAAAUCCAUUACGUAUAAGAUUUCAAAUCUCUGAACCAAGUGAUGAUUUCAAAAAUGUUUUCAAUUAUAAUGCAAUGCUUCCGAGGAAAAAUGAAUUUUCCGAAAUUAGAUUUCCAGGUAUUUGGGAUAGAAAGCAAGCUAUAUUAUAUUCAAACUUAAGUAAGGGAGUUGAAAAUGAGUUCAUUGGUCAUACAAGGAAAAAACCAGAAUUUUCGAAAAAGUGA